CACACACAGACAUAAUGGUGCAGAAAGUGUAGUUGUGCAUUUGGUCACUAACACACACACUUCAUAUCUGCUGUAGUAAUAGUUCACUACCUUUUCAUUCAUCUAUUUUAUGUAAAGUUUUGUUCAGGAAAUAUGGGCUGCUCCUCAUCCAGUGCACAGAAUGUCGAUCAAGAAAAAAGACCAGCCACGAAGCCUGAAGAGAGCAAUGGAGAUACAUUGGCUGUUAGAAAUGGCGUCAUUACAGAAACCAUCCAGGACCAGACACUGUUGCCUGCGUGUGCCUUAGCAGAUGAUCUUCAACUGGAAGCUGAUGAUGGGGAAAAGGCUGUGUUGAUGGCAAUUGAGGCUGAAGAGGAUCUGGGGUCUGGGGAAGACCUGUUGGCUCUUCCUCAGCCACAACCAGAACCCGUCAACGUUGAAGAGCGGGAUUUGGUUGCUGGAAAAGAAGAAGAAGAAGAAGCCCCCACUGUCGUGGAAGAGGAACAUGUGAUGGUCGAAUCUCUUUGUGAGGCGUCAGUGGAGAUUCCUGCCGUGGAAGGUGUUGACAUGGAGCAGGCUGUAGAAAAUGUUAAAGAGAUGAAGGCUGGGGUCGAUGCUGAAACAGGAAAGACAGAUGCUCCUGAACUAGAAUCUGUUGAAGAAGAGCUAAAGUCUCAGGUAGAAGUUGUUGAACCAGUGCAGGCUGUAGAGCAGACUAUCCCAAGCGAGACUUCUCCUGAGGAGCCUCCUGUCAAACCUGUGGUGCCAGUCACACAGGAGUCAGUAAUUGAUGUCCCUGCUGAUAAGUCUUCUCCUUUUGACGUGUUGAUGGAUAGUUCUCUACAAAUUCCAACCUCAGAAAUACCAGUUGGAACUCCUGCUCCACAUGAGGUGGUACCCAGUAAAACAAUACCAAGUGAAGCUUAUACCACUGAAUCUUCAGCUCCCAGUGAAGCUGUGGAAUCUGUAAUACAUACAGGGAUCGCAGUGGCAUCCAUUCCAGAGAUGCCUCCUUCAUUUGAAGUGACAGAUGAUACAAAAGCAGAGCAACAACAUGGGAAUGAAGAGCACAACAAAGCUCUUAUGAUGCCCUCAGAAAAUUCCACACAAGCAGAAACCACCAAUGCUACCUUUGAUCAGAGGCCUGCAGCAGUAGCUGAAAAAACAGACUUGAAAGUCCUGGUAUCUUCACCAUUGCUUUCCGAAACCAAAACAAAGGACAUUUUAAAAGAUGAACCAACUUCUGAAGCAUCUCCAUGUUCAGGGCAGAGCGAUGCUGCCGUAGAGGUUCCUGCACCUGAGCCUACACAAACAGACUCUGAAGUCACUUUGGCACCAGUUGCUGCUGGUCAAGUCUGCAAAUCCUUGUCAGAAGGCAAAGGACCUUCUCCAGAAUAGCAACAUUCCGAAGGUACAUGCAAACCGGAGGGAAGAAGAUGAAACCACAUAAAUGUAACACUCAGUAUUGUCUGACCAGACAAGAUAGUUUAACCUCUUAAGGCCCAAGCUGUUUGUUUACAUGCUUUUUUUUUUUUAAAUUUAUCUUAGCUAUUUGGACUUAUUGGACCCUAAUUAGAAUAAAAACAAAGAAUCAUAUUUUUAUAUGAUGUACUUAGUCCAUAAGUAACAAACGUGUACUUCAUGUUUAGUGACAUGCUAAUUCUUA